AACAGUAGGCAUUGUGAAAACGAUUGCUUUUUCAUGUGACGUUUCUGAAUGUGAAAUACGUGUGUUUUUAUCCGGUUGAAGAUCAACAUCGGACGAAAAUGAAAUGGAAUAAUGCAGAUUGCAUCUAUUGAUAGUCACAUUGGAUCGGGUUUGCGAAUUUAUUUCUAUUGUUUUACGGUGUUGCUGCUUGGUGUGCUAAUGAAUAGUGUUAAAGUGGUAAGCGUUGCUGCGGCUAUCGACGAUCAUCAAACUUACGGAACCGUGCUCUACAACCGUCUGGGUAGAUGUUUCAAUCCGGACGAUCCGAGAUUGAUAGAGGCCAAGCGAAUUUUUCAGGUUGGUACAAGAUAUCCAAUAGAUAAAUGGACCCUAACGUCUAUCUCUUAUCAGGAUCUGAUGCCUUACCGCAAGAAAAGAUUCGAACCAUUGUCUGACGAAGUUAUCAAAAGUCUCCUGUUGUACUUCUCCUCCGUUGGCAGCAUGGUAGACAAACUAGUAGCGAAGAAUGAUGUGAUCGUUGCAGCCUGGUACGAUACAGCUGGUGAUUACCUACAGAGUUAUCUUUAUCCAGUUUGCAAGUACUGCUUCUAUUCUGGAAACGUGAGCUACUACUCUGUCCGUAGUGUCCGUGACUACUAUAGAAAAGUUAAGCUUCGGCUGGAUACAGAUGGUUUCGGUUGGUCACGGCCUAAUUUGGAUGCCACCGAUGCCCAGUCGAAUGUACAGGUUCUUAAAAGCUAUCAAAACCGCACGAACUGUUCGGAGUUGAUUUUCAAUGCUACUACGGAAAUUCCCCUACCAAAGGCUGAAUUUGACGACGAAACUCAAGAAGUCAUCUCCUUAUGGGUUCCUCUCAAAGCAAGACAAGUUUACGAUCCACGAGCGAAUGCUUCAUUGUCAAUCCUGAAAAUUUACGUUGGGACUAUUCUACACUGUAUUCCCCAUGGAAAACAAACGAACAAGUUCGCCACUCACUUUAUUCAGUGGAUCGAGGAAAAUUUCAUAAAACACUACAUGGAUGACCAGUUCUAUCCUGGUUUGGAGUCGAUUUUGCGGAUCAAGAAAACCCUAGAAGCUGACAUUGCGGCAAAAUCUAUAAAGAAAAAAUCAAUAACAGAGCAUGAUGAAGAGUCUGGUUCAAAAGGAUUUCUGGAAAGCUUGUUGGGAUCAGACGAAUCAGCGAAGGUUGAAGAGGACUAUGAAGACGAACAGGAAGAAGACGAAAGACGCUGGCUACGGAUUAAGACGUUGACGGCCACUGUCAUAUUUGCUUUGUUCCUACUGGUUCUUAUUGUAGUUAUAUCGGUGAAGCUUCGGAUGAAUCGUAAAGCAAUGAAACGAAAAGCUGCCACGAGAAGUGAGCAUUUCAAGCCAUGGGAUCGUAAGAAAUUUUUCAAACGGAGAGGUGAUCAGUCGGACGAAGACGUUCUACUAAUGCUGGAAAAACAACCAGGAAGGAGCAACCCUUCUGAAACUAGCGAGAGUGGAUGGAAACACGUCAAACCUCAAAAGCUGGAACGGAAAUCACAAAAACCGGGAACUAGCAAGCAAAUACCACCGUUUUCGGACACGGAAGAUGACGAAGAUUUCAAUCCAUUUCAACCGAAACAGCAUUCCGCCGAGAAGAUUCCUUUGAUUGCAAAAGAUGACCGAAAGAAAAAAGGGCGCUGUGGACGCGGUUGUCUGUGCAUGAGCUGUGUCAAAAAAUCGAAGAAUGGCAAUGGGCAUCAAGACUUGCAGAACAGUUCAGCGUACAAGUUGGCAAACGAAAAACUCAAAAAGGUAGAUCCAAAUGAUGACGUUCAGCGAUCGAAAGUUGAACAACCGGCAACGAUUAAACCGACGACGGUACGGAAUCUUCGCGGUGGAAAUAUAGCCUACCGAACUGAUACGUGGAACGAUGGAUGAUGCGGAAGCGAGCUGAUAAGUACUCUUACUCCUGCCGGUACAAGGUUGAGAUGUGCGUGUGCAGAAUGGUUCCAAGCAGCGUGUUCUAAACGAAAAGCUUAAAUAUAGUUUAAACUAAAGGAACUUAACUAGAUAUAAUUUGCGUCGAUACAAAAAUAAGCACAAUGCGCGAUUUCUUUUUUAGGUUGAGAUAUUUUUGUAGUUUAACUUGCGUUUUGUUGCAUACAAUAUAUUUUAUAUCGAUUUGACAUUCUUCUUUAAAGCGGGAAGCUGCUUGAGCAUAAAUGAAAGAAACAUUGAUAAGACGGUUCCGAGGGUGCCGACCAUUUGGCAUAAGGUUAGUUCGAAUGUUGAUUGAAAUCAACGAAAAAUCCGUUGUGUUCCGUGGGUCUACCCCGUUUGGAAUAAUGCCGUUUGGCAUAAGGGUCGCUUGGCAUUAUACUUGGUAAAAUGGUACUUGGAGCUGUUAUGCGGAAAAAUAACUUAUACCGUAGGGUGGCCAUCAAUCCUAACUUGCACAUUCUAACAAAUGUUAGCUUCCUUCGAUAUAAGAUCGAUCAACUUGUUUUAACUUUAUUUCAAAAUUUACUUACUUAAGAUGGAAUAUUUUUUUAUUGGGAAUUUAAUUUUCCGUUCUGAGAAAUAAAAUAAGAAGAGAAUGGUUCUCUCAUUGAAGACUAGGAACAUGUUGUUCCUUAAUUGAUUAUUUAAUAAUCAAAAUUAAAGUAAUUGAACAUUCGCUUCAUGAAAUACAGUGCCUCCUACAAAACGACUCCUUAGACUAUUACUUUGCACAGUUUCUGGAUAUUUUUUCAUAGAUUACCAGUUAUCUCUGAAUCCUAAACUGGGUUUAGACAAGACACGUCAAUUAAUCAACUCAGAUGAUUUCAACUGAAU